UUUGUUGUCAUGUGUUAUUGUCCCGCCAAAGAUAUAUCAAUUAGUGCAGUUUUAACACGAUUUAUGGCGUAAUUUACAAUUUUGCAUGUUUUAAUAUUAUAAAUAGGGGCCAGUGCAUACUUAAGUGUACAAGUUGCUGUGUAAAAUGUCUUCGACAGUGUCUGUUUCUAAAGGUGUAUUCGUUUUUAAAAAUGGGGCAAAAGCAGCCUCAAAAUCCGCACGAAAAAAGAAAAAAGCGACCGAAAGCCUCUUCUGUGAUAGUUUAUGGUACAAAACGUAUAAAACAUUAUGGAACUCCGUUGAAACAAAAAUUCAAGAAUUAAAUAACGAUAUGUUUUCAAGUGUCCUGAGUAACUUAGUUGAUUGUAUUAAAAAUAGUUAUGCAAACCCGGUAUCAGAAAUUCCUGCUGUUGCUUUGCUCACUGGCAUCAACAUGCCGGAUCAUUCAGCUCAGUUUAAAACCUUAAAGCAAGAAAUAAAGAGAACCAUAACACCACAUUUGUGUACAUUGAGUGGAGAAGAUUGCCACAAUUUAAAAUAUCUAGUGGAAACUAUGAUCCACCAACUAGUUAAAAAUGAAGAUGUGAUGGAUGAAGAGGACGAAUCUGACUCAGACACUCCACGAAUUAAAAAGUCUCAGUGCAACUUUUCUUUACUACAGUAUUGGUAUGAAGAACUGUACUUAAAUAAAUCACAGAAACUUUCACCCAGCAAGAAAAUAAUCGUUGUGAUAAUUCCACACUUUGAGAACUUUUCCCCUAAAGUGCUUCAGGAUUUUAUUUUAAUCGCUAGUUCGUACAUUAAUAUUUUACCAUUCGUGUUUGUGUUCGGCGUAGCGACGUCGCUUUCGGUUGUUCAUCGUUCCUUACCCUAUCACGUUUCCUCAAAAAUUAAUAUCCAAGUCUUCCAUUCCUUUCCUUCCACAGUGUACUUGAAUAACGUUCUCGAAAAUAUUCUAUUUUCAAGAGACUGCCCGUUUCAUUUAGGUGGAAAAGUAUUUAAUCUCUUUCGUGAUAUAUUUUUGUUUUAUGAUUUGUCUGUCAGCGGUUUUAUCCAGAAUUUUAAGUACGCGAUGCUCGAACACUUUAGUUACGGUAACGCAAUGGCGCUAUGCCAGAAAAAACACGUUAAACAAAUUAUUGAAGACUUUACUCACGACGAUCUCGAAAAUGUGCGUCAAAUCAUGUCUUUCAGAAAACUAGUCGAAAGCGAAGAACCAGAGAAUAGAAUUCGCCUUUUAACUGAUGAUACGUAUUUUAAAAAUGUUCUAAGGAGAGAAAUUAAAAAAAUUAUGUCGUAUUUGCCGAAUUUGCAUUUGUUUUUAAGGUGUCUACACGUGUUAGUGCACGACUUACCAAAAGCACCAUUAGGAAAACAGGUGCGCGAACUGUAUGCUGUCGCAGUGUCAAAAAACAUCACCACGACUCAGGAAUAUAAAGAAUGUUUCCAGUUAUUAUCAUUUCAAUCAAAGGAGGAGUUAACUAAGAAGAUUGUAAGGGUUAAGGAGCUCAUUGUGAAUAAUUUUGAACAAUCUCAUUUGGAUUAUGAAGUAGAGGGUAUUUUAGUCAAUGAAUUUGAUAAGUUUAUGACGCAGCUAGAUAAUUUGGAACUGGUGGAAGAUAAGAAGGAAGAAGUGACGCAGAAAGACUCUUUGCUUGAGUUAAUGAAUAGAUUAGAUCUUAAGGAGAAAUUAAAACAAAUGUCACAAAAUAAACCACUGAAUAAAUAUGAAAAAAUUCGUCAUAAUUUACUAAAUUUUCUGUCAAGCCAGUUUGAGGUGUAUUUAGUACCACCGAGCAAUUUCUAUUUUCAUGAAAUUUUCUUUUUUAAUGAUAUGUCAAUUCAGAGUCAUAUUAUAGGAACUCACAGAACAGCGAUCCACACAGCUUUAAAUGAUCCACAUUUUUAUCUGCAGUGUCCUUGCUGCAGUAUACCCAAUGACUCAGUGAUAUUACCUUCCAUGCCAGAUAUAUGUAUAGUGUACAAACUACACCUUGAAUGUGGAAAAAUGAUCAAUUUGUAUGAUUGGUUACAGUCAUUCCUAAGUAUUGUGGAUCCACAGGAGCUUGAUGAUGAUUCCAAGCCGACAGUAGAUCCGGAAUUACAAGCCCGAUUUACGCAAGCGGUAGCAGAGCUAGAAUAUCUAGGUUUUAUUAAAAGUUCAAAAAGGAAGACUGACCAUGUGACUAGACUUACUUGGGGCGGUUGAAGCAUAUUUUAUUAAAUAAAGAUCUGAACUAUAAA